AUUGCCAAGCCUAUAUCAGAAAAUUGCGUUGUGUCAUUGAUUCUGAUAUCGAUUCGGUAGCCUGCGCGUGGAAUACAAUUUACGUUCAUAGUGUGGGAUCAGGUUUCAAGCCUUUUGUCCUGCGCAUUCAGCUGUAGAGACAUCAAGUAUUUAGAAAUUAGUGAGACUGAGGAAAAAUUGUCAAACGAACUUAUAAGAAAUACUACGGACAAUUCAACUCUUUCCUUUGUGGAAAAUGAAGCAUCAGACGGGAACUGAUCUCGAGAGGGACGUUCGUGGGAUUCACUCCGCUCCUCCUCUUUUGAACCUCUACAUGCGACCUCUGAAAAUCACUUUGGACUGGGGCAGUGAGAGGGUCAGACCACCACAGAGACCUCAGUACAAUGGAGGAGGCAGCCGGCAGAUCCACCAAGAAAAAGGUUGUCGCAGUGGUGGGCGGUGGUUUGGUUGGGGCACUGAAUGCCUGCUUCUUUGCCAAGAGAGGCUUUGAUGUGGAAGUCUUUGAAAACAGGGAAGACAUCCGGCACGCCAAAAUUGUGAGGGGGAGAAGCAUCAACCUGGCUUUGUCUCACAGAGGCCGGCAAGCACUGAAACGUGUCGGAAUGGAGGAGAAGAUUGUCUCCCAAGGAAUUCCCAUGCAUGCAAGAAUGAUCCAUUCACUGAGUGGGAAACAGUCCCCAAUCCCUUAUGGCAAGAAAGGCCAGUACAUCCUGUCCGUAGACCGUGCCAAUUUGAACAAACAGCUGCUAACAGAGGCAGAGACAUAUCCAAACACAAAGCUGAACUUUGAGCACAAACUGCAGGACUGGAGGGCUGAAACAGGGCUAAUGACCUUUGUAAGGUCAGAUGGAUCCAAGGAGCAGAUCAAGGCAGACCUUAUUGUAGGCUGUGAUGGAGCUUUCUCUGCCAUCCGCAAGCAAUUCCUUCGUCGCAGCCGCUUCAACUAUAGCCAGACCUACAUCCCCCAUGGCUACAUGGAGCUCACCAUGCCACCCAUCAAUGGAGAGUUUGCCAUGAAGCACAAUUAUCUGCACAUCUGGCCACGAAACACAUUUAUGAUGAUUGCCCUGCCCAACUUGGACAAGACAUUUACCUGUACCCUCUUCAUGCCCUUUGAUGAGUUUGAGAAGAUCACCACAGGAGAUGAAGUCAUUGAGUUUUUCCAGAAAUACUUCCCUGACACCAUACCACUAAUAGGAGUUGAUGCUCUCAAGAGGGAUUAUUUCCGAUUGCCUGCGCAGGCCAUGGUGUCUGUCAAGUGCUCCCCGUAUCACAUUGGCGACAAAUGUGUCCUUAUGGGCGAUGCAGCCCAUGCAGUGGUGCCUUUCUAUGGGCAGGGGAUGAACGCUGGCUUUGAGGACUGCAUCGUCUUUGAUGAAAUUCUGGAUCAGUUCAAUGAGGAUUUCAGUGCUGUACUGCCUGAGUAUACUAGAGUGCGAGUUCCAGAUGACCAUGCCAUUGCAGACCUGGCCAUGUACAACUACAUUGAAAUGCGAGCACAUGUCAACUCCAAAUGGUUCAUUUUCAGAAAACAUGUUGAUAACUUCCUCCACUUCCUCAUGCCAAAGACAAUUAUUCCACUUUACACAAUGGUCACUUUCACAAGAACGAGAUACCAUGAAGCUGUCCAGCGCUGGCAUUGGCAAGACAAGGUGAUAAACCGUGGCCUGCUGUUCAGUGCUAUGGGAGCUGUUUUAGGAGGCUCCUACCUGCUCAUCAAAAAUCCUCCCGAUUUCAACAAGCUCAUCAUCCCCACUGAGAAAAUGUGGAACAGGCUUGUGGCCUUCAGGACCUUUUGAGCACUGGCAGAGUCUCUGAUCUGACAGACAAGUGUUAAGACUGGAGUGUUAAACACUAGAAGGAACUGAGGGGGGUCUAAAUUUUAAUAAGAGUUUGAAUGAGUCCUUUAAUUCCCAAUGAAGGUUCUGCCGGGCAAAUUAAUGUAUUGUAAUAAUGAUUGUUGUUACUUAUACCCAUCAUAAUGAUUGAUUAUAUGAUUUAUAAUAUUCUACCAGUGUUAAACUGAUAAUGGUUUUACUGAAGGACUCCCAACAGUAUAUUUUUUCAAUCUUUAGAUUUGAUUACUUCCAUGCCAUCAUCAUGAUUUGCUGAUGGCUUUUAAUCUGAAAACAAAAUGUCAGAAUUAAAUUCAGGAUCAGGGGCAGGGUCUAGGGUACAUGUGUAUGAUUUUAUAUCGAUGCUUAUAAAAAAAUUGCAAAUAAAUGUUCCUUCAGCUCAUA